GGAGGAGGACUGGUGGAUCGGUGGUGCCCAGUGGGUAGGCGAUUCGGAGAUGGCGGGGUCUUCGAUUGCGGCAAGUGAAAUGGCAGCGUAAAAGUCAUAAACUGCCCAAUUGCCGUACUCCAUGCCGAUGAGCAGCCAUCUGCGGUGCAUUGCUAGCACUCGAGCACCAAUAUUCGGCGAUUGGUAUGCACAGUGGGUGCUUUCCGACGACGGUGGCCACUCCACUGUGCCGCGAUGUCCGCUUUAUAAAUACAACAGCGACCAAGGAAGUUCAUUUCAUUUUCUUGGCGGCGAUCGCAGCAAUCGGAUUAAACGCGAAACGAUAUAACACACAUAUAGUAGUGCAUCAACAUCAUCAUCAUCCACAGAAACAAGAUGAAUCUUUUGACCACUGCAAGGAGCCUCCAUCUGCUGAUGGUCUUGGCCGUAAUCUUGAUUGCCUCCAGAGCCGAGGCGGGUUUACGUUUGCGGCCCACCAGUCGAUCGGCCACGCCCCCUGCCAGCACUACGCCCACCGUAACAGUGACCUCGGAGGAGGCGCCACCACAGGAAACCGUGGCGGAGAGUUCUUCCGUUGCCGCUGAAGUUACCGAACCGGAAACGGAAGUGGAGGUCACAACCGGAAAGCACAAACGCGGCAUUCUGCAUGGCCACGCCCACUUGCACGGCCAAUGGCCCGCCCGUACAUAUGCCGCCCACUACGGCUACAGCCUGCAGUUGCCCGGAGGCAGUGCCUUCCUGGCCGCCGCUCCUCCACAUCGCCACUUUGUCAAGUACGGCGGACAUGGAGCGGUGAAGCCGCUUACCCUGGUUUCCGGUUCCGGUUUGGUGCCCGCUCUUGCUCCGGCUCCCGGCGCCCUGCUGCCCGCUGUGGGAGCAGCCCUGCCCGCCGGAUUGCCCACUGGAUUGCCCACUGGAUUGCCCGUUGGAUUGCCCACUGGUCUGCCCGCCGGAGUGGCCAGCGCCAUUCCCGCCGGAGUGGCCACUGCCCUGAACACUGGCGUGGCCACCGCCUUGUCCACCGGCGUGGCCCCGCCCUCGUAUGUCCUGCGACCCGGCAACGCCCUUGUGUCCUCGUACAGCGUCAACUAUCCGCACCAGCACCUGCAGAAGCCAGUGGUCUUCCAGUCCGCCGUGAAGCCAGUGCACUUCCAUGCUCCCGCCCACGCCCAUGUGCACGCCGUGCAGCCAACUUAUGUGCAGGCUUUUGCUCCAACGGCUCCCGCUGUGCCCGUCCAGCCUGUUCAGGCCAUCCAGCCGAUCCAACCGGUGCAACAUCUUCAGCCGAUCCAUCCCAUUCACCCUGUAACCCAUCAUUACCAGCCCGUUCAGCCCCUGCAGCCAGUCACCCCUGUCCAACCAGUUCAACCCCUGCAGCCAGUUACUCCAGUGCAACCCGUACAGCCCAUUCAGCCCAUCCAGCCCGUCCAGCCCACUGUGGCUUUUGGGGUUCCGGCACCACCAGCCGUUGAUCUUCCCGUGAUCCCCCAGUUCCCUCAGCAGCCGCCGUUCCCCCAGUUCCCCACCUUUAGCUUCCAGCCUGCCCAGCCAGCGGUGCCCGCCCAACCCGCUGUGCCCGCCCAGCCGGCCACUCCGGCUGCUCCCGAAGCCCCGGAAGUGCCCCAGAUUCCGCAGAUUCCUCAGAUUCCGCAGAUUCCGCAGAUUCCUGCCAUUCCGCAAUUUCCUCAAUUUCCGGGAUUACCCCAGUUCCCCGGAUUCGCCCAGUUCCCACCGAUUCCCCAGUUCCCCCAGGCCCCGGCCAAUCCGUCGGUUCCAUCUGUGCCUGCAGUGCCAACGGUUCCGGCAGUUCCCACCUUCCCCAGUCCGCCCACCAGUCAGUUCUUCCCUUCUGCUCCCCAACCGCCGCUGCCCCAGCAACCACCCACUUUUGGCCAGCCGGAGCAACAGUUCCCCGGUGGAAUUGUACCGCUACCGGGAUCCACGCCCGUGCAGCCGGAAUCGGGAACGGGAAUAGCCUCGCCGCAGAUUCCCCAGUCGCCGGAGGCGGAGAAUCCCCCGGAGGUGGCACCCCAACGACCCCCCAGCCAGCAGCCAUGGAAGCCGGUCUUCUAUCAGCCACCCACCGAAUCCGCGCCAGCUUCGCCCAAUCGUCCUUCGAUCACUCUGCAGCCGCCCUACGGAAGUUCGCCAGCUGAAGGCUACCUGCCACCCGUGGGAUCGCAGCCUUCGGCCCUGAGUUCGAGCAGUGCCGGAAUCGGCAGCCAGGGCGGCAUCUUCGACCAGCUGAGCGACGCGGAACUGGAGCACAUCUUCGCCCAGGCCAACUUGGCGCAGCAGCAGCACCACCAGGCCCACAACUACCACCACUACUGAUUGUAACACUAACUUAGGGAUCUUGUUUAAAUUUUUUUUGUUUUUUU